AUGAGUGAAACUAAACCAUCAACAACUUCAGUGUCGUCGUCGUCGUCAUCUAACAACAACAAUAAAGAUGAUCAACAACAGCAACAACAACAACAACCACAGGUUAAGGAUGUAACUACCACUUCAUCGAAUUCACCAUCAAAUAGCACAUACUCUACGGCCUCAUCCGUAGUUUUAAACCCACCGACAGUAACCAUCACAUCAGCUGCAGCCAACCAAAAUCAACCAUCACCAACUCAAUCCAGAAACGCAACAACCUCAUCAGCCUCAUCAACAUCAACAUCAUCAAAUACAGGAGUAUCAGCAACAACAACAACAACAACAUCAAUAUCAUCAUCAACAGAGAAACCACCAGUUUUAAUAGCAACAGCAGCAACAACAACAACAGUAGCAAAUACAUCGACUUCAUCGCUAUCUUCAUCAUCGGCAUCAUCAUCACCUAAUACCAGUCAUCAAAAUUUGCAACCACUAUCGAAUGCCGCUACAAGCACUAGCACCACUAGCAAUCUAAAUCCAUCGACUCUUUCCACCACUAUUUCAUUGGCAGCUUCACAAAACAGUGCAAACUCUUACCACGCAGAAGAAGUACAGUUUGCAUUUGAAAACAAAAAAACAUUGAAGAGACUUUUGAAGAUUUCAAAACACUGGACUGAUUCAAUGAAAGUUUAUUGUCAAAAUAGUCAUUUAUUCUCAGAGGAAAUGCUUAAGCAAUCAGAGCAGAUGAUUGCAUUUGCACAACCAAAGGAAAAGACACUCGGUGGAAAUCUUGCAUACUUUGGAAAUACAUUGAAAGCGGUCAAUAGUGUUCAUGAUCAAAUGUUGAAUGAAAUUCAAGAUGUAUUUUGUACUCCGGUUGCCAAUUUUGUAGAUUAUGACUUUGCAGAGGUUGCAGAGUCACACAAGAGAGUGACCAAGUCAAAGGAGGAGUACGAACAGUCGUUGGGUAAGAUCUCGACAUCGAUCAAGAAGAAGGGUAUCGACGAAACCAGACUGUUUAACUAUGAGCAAGAGUUGGAAAAGUUGAAGGAGGUUCUCGAGAAUCAAAACAAGGACUUGGAGAUCAAGCUAGGUGAGCUCUCACACAAGAACGAAACGAAAUACCUGCGAUCGGUGUUGCACUUUAUCAAUUCGCAGUAUCUCUUUUUCAAUCGUGGCGCCAAACUCCUCGGAAAUCUGAAGCCGCGAAUCGAGGAGCUCGAGCGAUACCUCGAGGAGAUCCAGCCACCCAAGGUGGUGGAGGGUCACCUCAUGAAGAAGAGCAAGCAGGUCAUGGGAGGUUGGAACAAGUGUUGGUAUGUUCUCAAGGAUGGAAUGCUCUAUUGCUACAAGGGUAAGAAGGAGUUCCACCCAGAGAAUGCACUCAAUAUCUUGUUGUGUUCGGUGCGUGUGCCACAACAGCCGUUGAUUUCCUCGCCGUCCUCGACCAAUCCACCGGCUUCCGGCUCGUCCAAGGAGCAGUCAAAGGAGCAGGUCGACUACCGUUUCGAAAUUCUGCAUCCUCGUAAGAAACAGCCGAUCGUUUUGCAGGCCGAGAAUGAAGAGGAGCGUGACCGUUGGGUUGCAGCCAUUCAAGAAGCCAUCUCCAACUCGCUCAACAGCCAAUCGAUUGAAAAGUCGUCUUUGAGCAACAGCACCGUCGGAAAGCCAUUGUCCAGCUCGACUGUUGGCGGCUCCGGUGCGAGUGGCGAUGAGGUGAAUCAACAGGUGAUGCGCAUCAUCCAGAAGGCAGCCGGUAACAAUAUCUGUGCCGAUUGCUCCAGUCAGGAUCCCGAUUGGGCAUCGAUCAACCUCGGUGUCAUCAUUUGUAAGGUGUGCAGUGGUGUGCACCGUAGUCUGGGAACUCACAUUUCCAAGGUGCGUUCGCUCACGCUGGACAAGUGGAUUCCAGAGAAUAUCUAUCUGAUGAAAGAGAUUGGCAAUGCCAAAUUCAAUUUACUCUAUGAACACCAGCUAUCCGACCAGGUCAAACCCACAGAAAAGUCGGAUCGUCCAACCAAGGAAACCUAUAUCCGUGCCAAAUACAAGACCAAAGACUUUAUUAUCAAGUCGACUCUACCAACCGAAGAGUUGUCCAAAAUGUUGUAUGAAAUGGCUAGUGCUACCGGGCCAAGAGAUAUCGCUCGCUAUCUCAAACUCAUUGGUCAAGGCGCCGAGGUGAACCACGUCGACGCAUCAGGAAGAACUACACUCCACCAGGUCAUCUGGAAGUCGGACGACGUCAUCAUUCCCGAGCUGUUGCUCCAGAACGGUGCUGACCUGUCAAUGGUCGAUUCUCGUGGUUGGACACCAAUGCACUACGCCGCCUAUUUCAAUCGUCCAAGAUGCGCUUCACUCCUUAUGAAGCGUGGAUUCGAAGCGAUUCGUUUAAAGUGUAUGGAUCAUCUCGGUCGUCUGCCCAUCGACUUGGCCGUAUCCAACCGAUCGAAAGAAACUGAACAAGUGUUGCGCGGUGAGGAUAUCAAUCUCGGGCUGACAAUGGAUACAAUUGAAGCCGGAAGCGUGCAGCCAUUCGAGGCAUCGGUUCCACUGAGCACCGACUUCCCAAACGCCACAUCGCUGGCGACGACACGUGAAGAGAUUCUCAGCGAGGAUGACGACGACAAGUACGCAGUUGCAGAGAACGAAAUGGAAUCGAGCUGGAGUGAAUCGGAGCGUGAGAGUAUUGGACGUGCUAGUUUCAGUGGCGCCGACGGAAGUGAUGCAUUGGCCGCAUCACACCAUCCAAACAUCCAACUAAACGCCUCACUCAACAGUAACAUCAGCACCAACAGCGGUGGAAACAGCAGUAACCAAUUGAUCGGAGCUGAAAAGCAAUUGUCGACAAACAACAACAGCAGCAGCAACAUCAGCAAAGAUAAUCUCAACGGAAGUAACACCUCUGCAACCAGCGGCAAAUCAGAGACAGAAUCCACUAAGCCACCAAUCAACAGCAGCAUCAAUAACACUAGUACUGGCAACUUGGCAGCUUCCGUCAAUAGCAGCAACACCAACGAAACCGUUCCAAUCAAUCAUAAGCUCAAUAGACCAAAGUCAAAGAGAAGACCAUCGCUACUAGGUAGAGGUAAAAACACACUCAGAUUGAUGAAGAGCAAGUUGAGCAUCUCUGGCAAGGGUAUUCCAAACGACGCCGGUGGAAACGCUCAAGGAUAUCCAGGCGAUGAAAAUGGAUUCGAUGACGAUUCCGAUGAAGACGACGCAACCGUUCCAACUGUCGCCAUCACCAGUACUAGCAAUGGUAAUGGUAACAACCCAGAGAUAUCGGUAACAGCGACCACCACCACUACAACUACAGGCACACUAGACCCAACACUACCGAAUUUAGUUCACAGAGAGUCUAUGGACAAUGUACAUAACAACAAAAACAACAACUCACUUCAACCACAACAAGUAACACACACCAAUAGCUAUAAUGAUUUGAUAUCGGCAGAGGAUGAAAAAGACAAGUCGUCACCGUCACGACAAAAUCACUCACCGACACCAUUCAAGCUGCUACUCAACAAAUUCAAAGGAAUGACAAAGAAGAAAGACUCUGGAAAGGAAGGAACUCACUCUGACUCGAACGACGACGAUGUAUCCGAUGUUCCAGACAAUGUAUCAGUAACCACCAACGACGACACCAAAUCCGAUCUAUCAGACUUUGUAAGAAAGAAGAAAAAGAAAGAGAAACAACAAUCGAAAGCAUCAACCACCGUCAAUCCAACAACCACCACACCAACAUCACCAAACAACAACAAUAACAACAACAACAAUGAAUUAACAUCUUCACCAUCAACUCAUAAUAAUUUAUCAACACUCCCAGAAACAACAACAGCAACAUCAUCAACAAAUAAUACUUAA